AUGGUCUCCAGAACAGUUUCGGUGUCGCUGGGUCGUGUCCUGAGGAGUGCAACGCGCAAACCUCAUCGUUCGCUGCGGUCAUUCGCUACUGCCGUCCACGUCCCGGUACCCAUUACACAGACGACCACUCUGCCCAAUGGUCUGACAGUCGCAACGGAGUCGCAUUCUCACGCGCAAACAGCGACUGUCGGCCACAUGGCUUUCAAGGGUACUAACCGGAGAAAUCAACACGCUCUCGAGCUCGAGGUAGAGAACUUGGGUGCUCAUCUUAACGCGUACACGUCCCGCGAACAGACUGUCUAUUAUGCAAAGUCCUUCCGGAAAGACGUACCCACUGCUGUUGACAUUAUUAGUGACAUCUUGCAGAACUCAAGGCUUGACGGCGGUGCCAUGGAACGGGAACGGGAUGUCAUUCUACGAGAACAGCAAGAAGUCGACAAGCAGUUGGAAGAGGUCGUCUUCGAUCAUUUACAUGCCGUGGCCUUCCAAGGUCAACCUCUUGGAAGGACAAUUCUUGGUCCCAAGGCUAACAUCCUGUCCAUCAAGCGUGACGACCUUGCCAAUUACAUCAAGACCAACUAUACCGCAGAUCGUAUGGUGCUUGUUGGCGCUGGCGGUGUUGAUCACGAUGAACUCGUCAAACUCGCCGAGAAACAUUUCUCCUCCUUACCCGUCUCUCCCAACCCAAUUCCUCUCGGUCGUCUUGCUCAUCCUCGUUCUGGCUUUGUUGGUUCCGAGGGUGUUGGCUGGAGUUCUCCCGACUAUUUCCCUAUGCUGGUGAUGCAAUCAAUCAUGGGCAACUGGGACAGAUCUCUUGGUGCUGCACCGCUUUUGUCAUCACGCCUUUCUCACAUCAUCUCUUCGAACAACCUCGCCAAUAGCUUCAUGUCGUUCUCGACAUCUUAUUCUGAUACCGGCCUUUGGGGCAUCUACCUCGUUUCUGAAAACUUCAUGAACCUCGAUGACUUGGCCCAUUUCACUCUCAAGGAGUGGACUCGUAUGUCAAUGGCCCCCACAGAGUUCGAGGUUGAGCGUGCCAAGAGUCAACUCAAGGCUGGCCUCCUCCUCAGCCUCGACGGGACCACUGCUAUCGCUGAAGAUAUUGGCAGACAAUUGGUGACCACGGGCCGUCGCAUGACCCCGAAGCAAAUCGAGAAUGCGGUUGAUGCCGUCACAGCUGAUGAGAUCAAGCGGGUCGCUCAGAAGUACCUUUGGGACAAGGAUGUCGCCAUUGCUGCUCUUGGGCCCAUCGAGGGUCUCCUUGACUAUAACCGCAUUCGCUCAGACAUGUCUUCUAUGAUCUAUUAA